UCUCUUCCUCUGUGUUCCCUUGUUUUGGCCUUUUGGUUUCUUUUUUUGAUCUGAAACAUGAAGAAGACGAAAGGGUUUGGUGUUGCUGCUCCUGUUAUGGAGUAUUCUCCAUAUGAUUUGUAUGAAGACUUGCACAAGGAAACGGAGUCCAUGCGAAAGAAUUUGCAGACGAAGAAAGAGCGAAGAUCGACCCUGUUGGCUGAAGUCGAGUUCUUGAGACGGAGGCGCAAGUUCUUGAUGCAAAACCAAUCAUCAAACACCCCAGUGAUCAAAAGUAAAUCGAAUGUGAAGGCAAAGAAAUCAACCGGGAAGGGUACUUCGAUAGGCCGAGCAACGGGCUUUGAUUCGAACCUUAAGGGAAAGACUAAUAGUGUGAAAGGAACGUGUUUCACUAAUCCUUCUCUUAUGUUUGACUUAAACCAGAUGCAACAGAAAGUGUUUAGUGGAAAGGAGGAACCUACUUUGCGAAGUUCUUCAUCAGUUCUCCACUUAAACCAAAAGGAAAGACUUCAUAGCAGAAAAGAGGCCACUGCUCGAAGCGUGAAACCGGUUUUCGACUUAAACCAGAUUUCGAGAGAGGAGGAAGAACUACAGGCACAAACUAGUUCAGUUGGAACAGAUGAUUUUAAGAGGAGUUCAAUCAGAGUAGGAAGCGACGAGCAACGCAAUGAAGUUAAAAUAUCAGCCCGCAGGAACACUGGAGACGGGCCAAAUAGAACUGGGAAAAGAAAGAUCUCAUGGCAAGAUCAGGUGGCAUUGAGGGUUUAAGUGUCUUGUAGUAGAAGUGCCUUACUGAGUUUGAGGGGAUUGGAACACUUGUGAGUUUAGCUUGCCUACCUCCCGUUUUUUAAUUGCUCUAUGUUCUUGCCGCCUUCAUUAUUCCUGAUGUAAAGAAAAUACGGUUUGCAUCUAUUGGAAUUAUAAAGAUAAAUGUCGAAA